AUGCUGCCCUAUGCUCCAGGACCCAUCAACGUUGACGACGUCUUCGGUGUCAACGAGACCGGCGAGAACAAGUACGUCGGCAAGCGCCCGCUUCUCAAGCCGGUAGGCGGUGUUCGAGGCGCCUAUGGCGGUAACAUCGCCGGCCAGGCGUUGCUUGUGGCGAUGAAGUCGUGUCCUCCCGAGAUGACGCCCCAUUCGUUCCAUCUGUACUUCGUCAAGGCGGUGUUGGAGGACUCGCCGAUGAACUGGGAGGUCACCCAUGUGUCUGAUGGGCGUAACUUCAACAACCGCCUGGUGAAAGGGUUCCAAGACGGCAAACUCAAAUACGUGGCGAUUGUUUCGCUUACAAAGAGAAACUCUUUUGCUAGGGAACAAGGCAAGUACGACAAGUGGGCCGAAGAGCGUCGAAAGGCGGGGAAGCCCGUGGCGGUGUCGAUCGAGGACGAUGACAUCGACGACAUGCCGUUGAAGCCGUUCCUGUUACAAACUCCCUUCCGUCCCAAGUGGGUCAACAGCCCCAAGGAAGUGGAGAUCAACACCGACGGCCGGGAAUACUUGACUUACCACAAGUUCCCGAAACAGCUCUACGACUUAUCGCUCACUAAGGAAGAGGAAAAGCUCGAUCCCACCGACCGCAAGUUGUCGUGGUACCAACAAUUCGGGUGUGACGAAGACGGGGUCAACCAGCCGAUCGUGGGGAUGAACAAACAGUACCAGCACGUGGGGUUGGCGGUGAUCAGCGACCUGUGGUUGAUGGCGCUUUUGGCCCGCACGUUGAGACUCGACGUCGGCGAGGGCCUCAUCUACUCGUGUGUCACUUUGGACCACGUCAUCUACUUCCACGACGACGACUUCGACGUCACCAAGUGGAUGGGGUUCUCCCAGCGCACGUUGCGCUACGCCAACAGCCGGUUGUUGUGCGAAGCGGAGGUCUACAACGACAAGGGUGUACAUGUGGCGACGUUGGUCCAGGAGGCUCUCGUCGACAUUAGAAACGUCAUCAGAGACCACAAGUUGUAG